ACUGACUGUUUUUGUGGAUUUAUCCUUUGAUUUUCUCCGAAUUUCCAAUUCCCCAUCAACGACUGAUGAGCAGUGGAUGCCUCAAGGGCUUUUACAGCCCCUUGUCCACAUUACUGUCUGGUCAUUUCUUGAGUUCAAACGGAGAAAUAUUUCGCGUCGGUGAAUCUACCCGGAUUCUUUGAGGUACAGUACAGAAGGUCCAUCAGUCAACAUCAUGGAUUCGAUAUCUAAACCACUAUCGACUCGGUCAUCCGGACCUUUCUACCACACUCUCGAUCAACAUUGCCAUUGUCCAUUUUCCAUUCACUCGUUCAUCCUCACCCCUAGUCACUCCUUCACACUGCUCUUUCUUUCCCUUUCUGAAUCCCUCCUUCUCUUCUUUUCUUCGUCAUCGUCGUCAUGAAAUUAAUCCUUGUCCUCCAUGUCCUCGCCUUUUUCGCCUGCGUUGAGGGUCUUGGGAGAUGGUGGGAUAGUCUCCCUGGCGGUCUGUCCAGAGAUCGACCAAAGUUAGGUUUUCCUUUCUGGAAACAUCCCCUUCCUGCAUCCACCACUGCUCGGUCCCUCUCCACCCACAAGCCUGGCGACCGCAUCGUUAAGACUGGCACGACCACCGUCACCAAAGGUGGUGCUCAAAGCCAACAUAGCCCAACGAGUGGUCCACCUCAUAGCGACAGUCACGGUCCAACCACGCAUACAACAACGACCCACUCUGGCCCUUCAGGAUCUUCUUCCUCAUCCUCAGGAUUCCCUCCCUUUAUCGGAUCAAAUUCACGGACAGACGGGGCCAGCAACAAUAACCCCUUGGGAUUCGCCACGAGGACUCUUGGUGUACCAAACAAAUAUGGCAAUGUCGUUCGACCAACUAAUCUUCCCGUCAAUAUGCCCCAUCGUCCAACAUAUGGAAAUACCUCAGAAUCGACAUCCAACGACGCCAGACAACACCCCGACUUUGCUCAUGGGCCGAGUCAUCGAGGGCAUUGGCUGCCCGGGCACGACAUCAACACCAACACCGACUUCAAGUGGCCUGAGACUGGCAUCACGCGGAAAUGGACACUGAGAAUCCAGAACGCGACCUUAGCGCCAAUUGGCAUCCCCAAACAGAUGCUGGUUGUCAAUGGUCAGUUUCCGGGCCCGUUGAUCGAGGCCAACUGGGGCGACAAGCUCGAAAUCACCGUCAUCAAUGAGCUCCAGAACAAUGGAACUGGUAUUCACUGGCACGGGUUUCGACAGUUAGCAUCCAACUGCGAAGAUGGCGUUGGUGGCAUCACCGAAUGUCCCAUCGCCCCUGGCCGUUCCAAGGUGUACAAAUUCCAGGCCACCUCGUACGGGACGUCGUGGUAUCAUAGCCAUUUCUCUGCCCAGUACGGUGCAGGCGUGCUUGGACCGGUAGUCAUCCAUGGGCCGGCGUCGGCCAACUAUGACAUUGAUCUCGGUCACGUUGUUGUCAAUGACUACUACAACGCGACAGCGUUCCAGCAGGAUUAUUUUGCUCACCGGAAUGGACCUGGCCCGGCGUCCAAUUAUCUCUUGAACGGCAAGAACAUGGCCCUCGAUGGCUCCUCUGGUCAACGGUCGCAGUGGACGUUCCAAAAGGGGAAGAAACAUCUGCUGCGCUUCAUCAAUACGUCAAUGGACAUGAUGUUCAAGAUCCAGAUCGAUGGACACAAGCUGCAGGUCAUCUCGAACGAUUUCGUUCCCGUCCAGCCAUUUUUUGUCAACGAGCUGAGCAUCGGGAUCGGACAACGAUAUGAAGUGAUUGUCGAAGCCAACCAGGCAGUGGCAAACUACUACCUGCGGGCGUUGGUCGCCAAAGACUGCGCACAAAAUUUGAACGAUGGCACAGGCACCGCGAACGGAUUGAUCUCUUACCAAGGAGCAGGCUCGUCACUACCGUUGUCCAACUUGACUGUGCCGAGCACAUCAUGCGUUGACAUCAAUGCCACCAGCCUCAUCCCCAUUGUGGCCGAGUCAGUGGACCCGACUGGGUUUGCUGAGAAAUUUGGGUCUCUGCCUGUGUCCAUCCAACGAGUGGCACUCCAGGGCGGGGACAACGUGUUUCUCUGGUACCUGAAUGGGAUCUCGCAGAACAUUGACUGGGCUCACCCGACGAUUGAGCAAGCCGUGGCGGGAAACCUGACCUUUGACGAGGCGCGACACGUCGUGACACUGAAGGAUCCCGACGUAUGGACAUUUUGGGUGAUUCAGAACCAGUUCUUCGUUCCUCAUCCGAUGCAUCUGCACGGUCACGACUUUGCUCUACUCGGGCAAGGUACGGGCACGUUUAAUGCAGCAACAGAUAUGGGUUUGCUCAACUUUGAGAACCCUACUCGUCGCGACGUCGCCAUGUUGAUCGCCAGCGGCUGGACCGUCAUUGCUUUCAAGACCGACAACCCUGGAUCAUGGCUCAUGCAUUGCCAUAUCGCCUUUCAUGCCGGCGAAGGUCUGAGUCUGCAGUUCCUCGAACGUCCUGCGGACAUACCUGCAAAGUACAGUGACCUUGUCCACGGCCAGCCAUUUCAGGACAAUUGUAAGGCCUGGCGAGAGUAUGCAUCGAGUGGAGCCAUGGUUUAUAACAAGAGUGACUCUGGAUUGAAAAGAAGAAGUCAGGGUGGGAGAAUGGAUGUUAUUAGACAUCUGCAUGGUAAAAGGGGGAUUUGAUUGUGAGACAACAACUUAGAACCUUGGAGGGUGGUAUAAAUCCGUGUGGAUAAGUCUAUACGAUGGGUGACUGUAAUCUUCUAAUCGUUAAUACCUUGAUUGAUCUUAAUAUGCAUCUGUUAUUAGUAGA